AUGUACAUGUACCCGAAUCAUUUUUUUAAAACAACCGAUGGACACAAGUAUAGGGACAUGCACUACAGAUCCACCGAGACUCUCCAGCAGCUUGUGCCUGUUAGCUACAGAUUUUCCAUUGCCAAUCAUCCUAGUGAUCCAGAGAAUCGUUAUGUCACUGUGAGGAGGUACAAGCUUGUAUAUGGAGAGAAGUUCCUGGUGCAUUACAGAGAAGAGUUUAAACACCUUGUGAUCAACGAACAAGAGGCACAACCCCGGAUUCCAUUUGAACCAGAGGUGUUGUUUGAUUGA